AUCUGCGAAAAGACAAAAAUAAAGAUCUGAAUAGGAACCAAAAAGAACCAACGAGGACGCUCAAAGCAUAAGACUCCAAACCGUCAGCAUGUUUUCAACAGCAAACUCCUCCAAAGUGAUGGCUGCCUGUGUGGUGGCGAUGAUGAUGAUGAUGAUGAUGAUGGUGGAGGGAGCAGCCUUAACAAAACACCCGGCGAAGACACACAAGAAUUCGUCUGUUGAAGCGGCGGGAAAAAUGGUCCACCUGCAGAUUGACCCCAAAGCUUUUGUUCCUAUCAAAACCACCAGGCCGCUGCAGGACGCCUCCAUCUCCCCGUGGACAUACAACACCACCCAGGACGACUCUCUGCUCCAUCCUCUGUCGGAGGCUCGCUGUUCGCUGCGCGGCUGUCGGGACUCGGAGGGCCGUGAGGACCUGAACCUGGAGUCCAGACCCAUCAUGCACCAGGUGCUGUUGCUGCGCCGGGUCAUGUCGGCGGGGGAGGAGCCCAGCUACCACUUCAAGCUGGAGUCCCGUCUCAUCGCCGUGGGCUGCACCUGUGUCCGACCCAUCGUCCUUCACCAAGCCUGAAGACCAGCAGAGACCGCACCGGCAGAAGCUUCUGUCUGGAAGAACAAGAAAAAAAAAAAGUUAAAAAUGUUAUAACCUGCUUACGAUUUAAUAAGUAGAAACUGUUAUUUUGGAGGAGAGAAAGGUAUAAUGUGAAGAUUUAUGAUUUGAUUUUAAUAACUUCUGAUCGAUCUGAGUGAAGGAGAGGUAGAUCUUAGAGUCAUCUGCAUAGAAACUGAUAUCGUGCUCUGAAAUAUUGAACCUAAAUGUGGUAUAUAUAUAUUACUAUCUAAUAGUUAAUCGUGACUUUAAAAAUCAGAGUGGAGAGUCUCACAAGACAUCAUGCCAAAUAUCUGACUUAAUACAUUAUCAUUUAGGAUGCAUUGUAAAUUAAAACUAGUAGUUAAUAUGUCAUGAUUUAGAUAGAAGAAUUAACUCCAGCUUUUCAUCCGUGUAUUUAAUUUGAUGUGAGGUGAAAGUUUUCCUACAUGCUGCUCUGUGAUCCGCUGGAUGGUAAAUUAAUCUAUUAACUUAUUUUCUUUUGUUUACAUUCUUUAAAUUUGUCUCCAGAGAAAUGGAGAAACUAGACAACUACACUUUGGAGAUGAAGUUUAAAACAGAUUAUUAUUAUUAUUAUUAUUAUUAUUAUUAUUAUUGGAUGUGUUUCAUAUAGUAUGUUCUAUUUAUGGUUUAUUUAAAUUAUUUCCUAUUUAAAACAUAUUUCAUUAGGUAUUUAUUGGUGAUAUAUUAAUGUUGAUGUAUUUAUUCAGAGGCUGG